AAUUGACGGAGGUUCCAUUUCUAAUUCCCCAUUCCCGCCUAGAUACAAUCGAUGGAUUGACAAUUACAGAAUUAAUUCCCAGACAAUUAAUUCUUUCUUUUUCCUAAUAGAACCCUCUCCUCUCAAUUUACGACUUUUUAUCCACCUUGCCAAUUAACAGUUCUGGGAUCAUUAAUUCGCGAUAAGAUACGAUGCUGUCUUCCUCGAGAAGAGCAGCCACCUUGGCUUUGAGAGCUAAGCCGACAACCCGUAUGGUCCCUUUCCAAUCCGUCGCCGCCAUCUCGACAACCCCUAAGAAGGAUGCCACAUCGGUGACGCCUCACAGCUCCACCGGACUCGCGCAUCGGGAACGUAAAGAAGUACCGCUAGCUAGCCAAGUACCCAAGAAGGGCGCUAUUCAAUAUGCAUUAACAACCCUCGAUCAAAUCGCCAACUGGGCGCGACAAUCCUCUUUCUGGCCCAUGACCUUCGGUCUAGCCUGCUGCGCCGUAGAAAUGAUGCAUCUCUCCACACCACGAUACGACCAAGAUCGACUCGGUAUCAUUUUCCGAGCCUCCCCGCGACAGUCCGAUGUAAUGAUCGUAGCCGGCACUUUGACGAAUAAGAUGGCGCCCGCGCUGCGACAGGUAUACGAUCAAAUGCCUGACCCGCGUUGGGUCAUCAGCAUGGGUAGCUGCGCCAACGGCGGCGGCUACUACCACUACAGCUACAGUGUUGUGCGCGGUUGCGACCGAAUCGUCCCCGUCGAUGUAUACGUUCCAGGGUGCCCGCCUACCAGUGAAGCUCUUAUGUACGGUAUUUUCCAACUACAGCGUAAGAUGAGGGCGACUCAGAUCACGAGGAUGUGGUACAGGAAGUGAAGAGGUGACGAGGAAAUGAAGCAUAGGAAGGAGGAUGGGAAAGAGGAGGGACGAAUGGGAAAAAAGGAAAAGAGGAAGCGAUCAUCAUUACCAUCAUCAUCUACACCUCUAGACCGAAUCCCCGACGGCGUGACGGUAGACCUUUUUUUCUCUUUUGUCAAGGAUGUACAUAAAGAUACCGGGGGGCUGCAUGUAUACACACAGGUUUGCAGAAUGGAAGCCGCCACACCAACGUCUUCGUAUUUCUGGAAAUUUUGGCGAAUUACCUAAUGCUGCUAGAAACAGACCGAGUCCUAAUAUCCCAUGGAGAAGAGCGAUAUGACAUGUGAUUAUUCCAGUCUCGCGAGGGCGCCCGCCUUCAAAUCAUGGAUACUGCACUGAGGAUUACGGUGACACAAAUCGCCGGGGAAUACCCGACCCUUUCUCUUAUUGAGCCAGCUAGGCUGGCGAUCUUCAACUCAUUCUCACCCUUCUACAACUAACU